CUGUAUGAUUCAAUUCUAUAACUGUUACUAUAAAUAAUCAGGUACAAAAAAUAAUAGUCAAGUAAUAAAAUUAGUGUGCACACAUCAUGAAAGCAGUAAUAUUACUCGCCAUUAUAGCAGGAGCAUUAUCUGCUAAUGUUACGGAUACCGAACCCAUACCUAUCAUCAGUCAAGACGUUGAAAUAGGUUUAGAUGGCUCCUAUAAGUCUUCCUAUGAAACCGGAAAUGGUAUAAUAGUUCAGGAACAAGGAAUAUUAAAAAAUGCUGGUGAUAAAGAAAUUGAAGCUGAAGAAGUUCAGGGAUCUUUUCAGUACACUGCUCCUGAUGGUACACCAAUUCAGCUUUCUUACAUUGCCAACGAAAACGGAUUCCAACCUCAAGGUGCCCAUCUUCCUGUUCCUCCAGAAGUACCAGAAGCAAUACAACGCGCUUUGGAAUAUAUUGCUUCGGAACCAGCAACAGAAGAGCCUGUGCACUGACAUCAUCAAUCAUUCUCUAAAAUAAGAAGAGUAUUUGAUGUUAUAUUGCAAAUAUCCGCAAACAGUGUUCAAAUAUAUCGAUUUUAGUUCAACUGAUUAUUAUAAUGACAUGUUUGUAAAAAAUAACAUAAUUUAUAAACCGAUUGUACCUAUUCUUGAUUCAAACAAAUAAACACAACUAUUUUUCAGUA